AAGAAAAACGAAGCUGCUUUCAAGUAUUGAAGAUACAAGGCCAGGAUGAACACGAAGGACACAAAAGUGACUGAAGGAGGUCUCAAUGUCACGCUUACCAUACGCCUUCUCAUGCAUGGCAAGGAGGUUGGAAGCAUUAUCGGAAAGAAAGGUGAGACAGUUAAGAAGAUGAGGGAGGAGAGUGGUGCUCGAAUCAAUAUUUCAGAAGGCUCCUGUCCAGAGAGAAUUGUGACAAUAACAGGCCCAACAGAUGCAAUUUUUAAAGCUUUUUCUAUGAUUGCACUAAAAUUUGAAGAGGACAUAAACGCUUCAAUGACAAACAGCACGGUGACAAGCAAACCGCCUGUAACACUGCGGCUCGUCGUCCCGGCAAGUCAGUGUGGAUCCCUUAUAGGAAAAGGAGGUUCCAAAAUCAAAGAAAUCAGGGAGUCCACAGGAGCCCAGGUGCAGGUAGCAGGGGACAUGUUGCCAAACUCGACGGAGCGCGCAGUGACUAUAUCAGGCACUCCCGACGCCAUUAUCCAGUGCGUGAAACAAAUAUGCGUCGUUAUGCUGGAGUCCCCACCCAAAGGUGCCACCAUCCCCUACCGUCCCAAACCUGCCUCUGCACCUAUCAUUUUUGCAGGUGGCCAGGUAAGAGCAGACACCAUUUUGGCUUCAGCUGGAAACCACACCGUCUUGGCCCAACCUCAGCCAGCGCCUGCAUUCACAAUUCAGGGGCAGUAUGCCAUCCCUCAUCCAGACUUGACCAAGCUUCACCAGUUGGCUAUGCAGCAUCCCCCCUUUACUCCCCUUGGGCAGACCACCCCUGGUUUCCCUGGACUGGAUGCCACUACUCCAACCAGUUCCCAUGAACUUACUAUUCCCAAUGAUUUAAUAGGCUGCAUUAUUGGCAGACAAGGCAGUAAGAUAAAUGAAAUCAGGCAGAUGUCAGGAGCGCAGAUCAAGAUUGCUAAUGCCACAGAAGGCUCCGCAGAACGACAAGUUACAAUCACAGGAUCCCCUGCAAACAUCAGCUUAGCACAGUACCUCAUUAAUGCAAGCAUAUACUUUCUCAAAUCUGAAUGUCUGGGAGAUGCUAUGCAAUCAAUGGUCCACGCAUAACUGAGAAGAUUCCUUCUAAGCUGAAGAAUUAUCUGAAUGGCUAAUGCUAGCAAAAUGUAUCCACCACCGCUUUUGUAUGAACAUUCGCUCUGUUUAUAGUGCUGACCGCUUUAAAAUGAGCAAUGAUAAAUUUUUUUGCGCCACUUUUCUUAGCAGUUGACAUAUAAGCAAUUACUUACAAUUAAAAUUAAAAAACUAGCAAAUACUCUAGGGGAAGAUUGAGAACACCAGGUAUCCUUAGUGACAGUUUUAUAUUGUACAAAAGGGCAGAUAAAAACCUGUUCCAGGAAGACUUUCCAUGCAAUGCUAAACAGUAAAAAAAAUGGAAGUAUAGAAAAAUUGUGGCCAACUUCUCUGUCUCACACACAAAAUCUUUUGUCACUUUCCCAAAUUUUGGGGUUCCUUUCCAGUACGUUGAAAUUAACCGUAAAACUCAGGUUACCUACACUUUAUAGAUCCUUUUUGAAAAAGACAGACAAACAGGUGGUGUUUUGUUCUGUGUUUUUCAAGGUUAAAAUAUGAAUAUAUCUCAUCUAAAGAGCAGCCCACAAUUAUGCUCUGUUUGGAUACAGGACGCUGAUCUGAGGUAUAUGCUAUCUUAUUUAAACACAGUUUAACAAGUGUAACUAGAUAUAUAUUGAUGACUGGAUCCUGAUUAAAAGUUUUUUCAACUUAAUUUCCCUUAAGUGGAAAACAGAAGGAACCCUUUGCUCAUUUAUAAAGUGCAUCUAACCACACACUGCAUUGCAACAAACAGCUGACAAAUGCAGAUGUCAGUUAUUCUGCAGAGCUGCAUGAAACUGUUGUUUUCCUUAUUGUGUAUAGUAUUUAGAAUCAAUAAAAAUAGAUUCCAUUACUUACUGUGUUGACCUGUCGCAUUGCCUUUUGAAAUUCAUCCCAUUCUUUGUCCAUCUGAUCCUUUGGAGCAUCAACUUUUCGCACCUAAGGAACAUGAAAAAACAGGCUGAUUAACAAUUUAUGUCUAGUGACUCUUUGGGGCACUCUAAAACACCUGGAGAAAUAGGACAAAUUAUGCUGUGUUCUCAGAAAAGUCUGGUCAACAUACUUCAGUUUAAGUAAUGUAUAUGAAUAAAAGAGUGCAGCUGCACAAUGGUUUUGGAGGAAAAAUCUGACUCUGCUCCUGGAUUAAAACAACAUCCUUGACUGUAGCAUUAAAGAAUAAUUGACUAAGAAUGGAUGGUGUGCAACGUUUGGAGUAACAAAAGUGACUAAGUCUGUUAAUUUGGCGGUCUGUAAUUUCACUAUGUCAGGUGAUAACUUUUAAAUUCUUCUGUAAGCUGCCUGUUCAGUUGUACAUAGUAGCUAUCUCACAAGCCAAAAAGCAGUGAAAUAUUUGCCUUUGGCAUAACAUAAAAUAUCAAAUGAUUCAGUCACUAGUCUGACUGGUGUUAGAUAGUCUGACUAUACUUCAAAUCUAGUCUAAUUUUGUUGGCUAACAGAAGAAAUAGUACAGCUACAUAGACAUGCAAAGCUUUUUCUUCUGUGGUAGAUGGCAUUAAUUACUAAGACAAGAAGGCUGAAAAAGUAGUAGCUGUAAGAAUGUGUUUAAGAUCGACAACUAAGGUAAUCAAAAUCAGAUUGUGCUUUUAAUACAAGCAAAUAAACAAGAUAAUCUACCUGUGUAACCAAAACUUCCACAAUUGAAGACUGGAAGAUGUGGCAUAUAACAUAUGUUAGAUGACAGAUUAUGCCUGGCUCUGGACUGGGUGGAAAUUACAUAGCUAGGAGAACUAAGCAGUUUGAACAGAAUAAUUCAUGACACCAUCUUUUUGCAUUAGUUUCAUUUUUCCUUUAUUCAUUCCUCUCUUUUGGUAACACAUCAGUCAUCAUCACGGUAAAGACAACAGUUUGGUAUGUUUUGUUCCUGAAUGAUUAUACAAAAUCCAGUAGUAUGAAUUAAGUUUAUAGAAUAUAUUAGAAGCUUCCAAGCAAACUGCAUACUGGGAAGUAAUAGUCAUCAUUUCAUUUUUCUGUUCUGUGAUUAUUUCUAUCAUAUGUGUAUGUACUGUGUUAUUAUGCAUUGUGGUUGUCUUUUGUAAUUCAUAAUUAUUUGUAUUUCUUACAAUA